UGUUUGUGUGACAAAUUUGUGAAAUUAUGGUGUAACUCCAACACGUCUUCGCUUAAAACACAACUUAAAUAAUGGAUUUAAUCGAAUCUGGUCAAAUUUUUAACUUCAAGCCGCCAAAUGCCUUACAAACGAAACUUGAUCUCUCCACUGGCAAGUCGAUCUCACGUUUUGAAGAACUGUUUCUUUCAAGUCCACGAGCUAAAGAGCUAUCAUCUACAGCAGACAUCUCGUCAUACCUCCCAUCCAACAUGUCUUUUAAAAACAUGUCUGGUAAUAGUACGAUACAUGACAAUAGUAGUUCUAGCCUAUUUAGCCCAAUAGUAGUGUCACCUGACACCAGAUUUGAUGCACUAAAAUCACAAGUUACGGAGGUGAUCAGUAGUUUAAGGACUCCAAGAAGUGUCAAAGACAGGAAUGAUAGAGGUUCACGUAUAUCACCACCAGCAGAGGCUGUUUAUAAUCCAGAUCAUGAACAAUUCUAUCAAGACAGUGUUUGUUUACCACAAGAUGUUAAUAAUGGUGAAUUAUUGGACGAUGAUAUCAAUGAUGUAGAAGACAAUCAAGCUAUCUUAGCUCCUGGCGGUCUACUUACUGAUGAAACUACUUGUGAUGAAGGCAACAAGCAAGACUCUAAGCUGAAUGAUCCUGGUGAUGUACUUACUGAUGAAACUACUUGUGAUGAAGGCAACAACCAAGAGUCUCAGCUGAAUGAUCCUGGUGAUGUACUUACUGAUGAAACUACUUGUGAUGAAGGCAACAACCAAGAGUCUAAGCUGAUUGAGACUCUGACAGAAACUCCAGAUACUACAACAAGCAAGAAACCUCAUAGUUUGUCAGAUUGGUGUAUAAAGGCUGUGAGAUACAAAAGCAACUCACCAGGCAUAAUUGUUGAAGGACAACGGCCUGAGGAUGAGAAAGGAUCCAAGUGGCACAGUACAACUAUUGUCAAACGAGUGAAUUCUUGUCUGUUGGAAACAAAGAAAAAGUCUCAAUAUCAUCUUGUUGGUCAGAUCCAAGAAGAGGUUACUUUACAGCAAGGAUUCUCAAAAGCUUUUGUAAAAUCAUUCAAGAAUGGAUUUCCUUCUAAUUGGGAGAAACUUGUUCAAGAGCAUUUUAAUUCAGUGAUGAGCCCAGAAAAGAAAGAUUUUGCUGCUGUUAAAUCCAACCAAACAAAGAAAUCUAGAGCCAAACCUGCUAAAUCAUACAAGAGAAACAAGAAAGAUACACCUUCACACAAGAAUGAUAUGACACCAGUUGAAGUUGAACUAAAGAGAACAAGUAGUGGUCGUUUGGUCAAGCCUCCAUUGGCUUGGUGGAGAGGACAGAGAAUUAUGACUGACGGACAGCAUAACUUGACAGGAAUUGAUCCUGGUGGCGAAGAACAUACAGCACUGUCAGUGGGCUUAUAUGACUUUGAUCUCAAACUUCCCAAGGAUAAACAAAUUAUGCUGCAAUCUAAAGUUAUGACUCCAAAAGUUGCCAAGUUCAACAUCACUCCAAAUUCCAAAAAGCUAGAAAACAAACACAAAAACAUUUCCAACAAAUCAACAAAGAAAUCUAUUGCCAAAAAUCAUGUUGUUAGUAAGGAAAAAAGUAGUAGCUUAACUGAAACAGAUGAUUCUAUUAUGGAGGACAAUGCAAGCAUUGCAUCUCAGAUGAAUCAAGUAAUGGAGAAUGAAAGCAAGAAGACACAAAACUCAAAAACAUCAGCCAAAAAGCCAAUGAAUGUAAUGCAAGUAAGAAGUGGUGGUAAAAACAAAGAAAAUGAAGAAACUGUUGACACUGUCAGAAGAAAUAUUUCUUUCAGUGAUGAUUCUGAUACCAAUACAGAACAUCGUACAAAACCAAGAGAAAUAUUGAACUAUAGUAAGCAAGUAGAAUUAGAAGAUAGUGAUAAACAAUCAACUGAACUUAGCUCUCAAGAUGAAGAAGAUAGAAGACCAAAGAACCAUAGACAGGCUGCCAGGAAAAGUAAAGAUGAACCAAUUAAAGUCAGCUCUCCAGAAGAGGAUUCACACAGAGUUAGAAGAACAAGGAAUCAAAGACAGGCUACCAGAAAAAAUCCAGAGCAAACAAGCAAGCUCAGCUCUCAUGAAGAAGAUUUAGACAGCGAUAGAAGAACAAGGAACCAAAGAAAGGCUACCAGGAAAAAUCCAGAGCAAACAAGCAAGCUCAGCUCUCACGAAGAAGAUUUAGACAGCGAUAGAAGAACAAGGAACCAAAGACAGCUUACCAGGAAAAAUCAAGAUGAAACAAAUGAGCUCAGCUCUCAAGAAGAAGAUUCACACAUUGGCAGAAGAACAAGGAACCAAAGACAGCUUACCAGGAAAAACCAAGAUGAGGCAUAUGAACUUAUUUAUGAAGAAAAUGAACAACAAACCAAAAAUAAGAAGAAACAACUCACAAAGAAGAAAGCCAAUCAUCAUGCAAGUGAUGAAAGUUCUCAAGAAGAAAAUGAUGAUAGACAUUGUAGUCUUAGAUCAAAAGGUAGAACUAAAACGAUUGAAACCAAAAACCAGGCAUUUACCAGACCAUGGAAGACAGAUGACAACAACCACCAAGCACACAACCUGAGACUUACUCAACAAGCUUCAGACAUGGCAGUUGAGGAAUCUUCUGAUGAAGAAGAAGCUGAGGCCAUUGCAGCCAUGGUCAGCAAGGUCAGACAGAGAAGAGCAAACAAUGAUAGUCAAGAAAAGCCAGCAAAUACUAAGAAACCUGUACCUGGUAAAAGUCAAAAGAUUUUAGAUGCAAAUGAAUGGAAAGAAGAAGAAAUACUUAGAUUAACAACAGCCCUCCACAGUAUUCCACUAACUUCACCAAGAUUUUGGCAAAAAGUUUCUGAGACGGUGGAAACAAGAACAGCGCAGGAGUGUCAAUCAAAAUAUGAAGGACAGCUGGAAAAGAAACCAAGAAAAGAUAAUACAAAAUCAAAACAACAAAAACCCAAACAAAAAGUUGUAGCAAUCACUGGAGGAGUGGGUACAGUUAAAAGGAAAAGAGAGCUAAGGGACCUAAUUCAGCAAAAUAAUUCUGGAUAUUAUGAUGAUAUAUUUGACUCAACACCUUACAAAAAGUCCAAGACAAAUUUCAAGAUUACAGUAGAUCCAUGUUCUAGUGAUAAUGACGAUGAUGACAGUGACUUUAUUGAGAACCAAACCAACUUCAAAACCCCUAGUACCCGGACCCCAAGUAGCCGGUUUAGGCCCCUAGGACCUGGUACUUCUGAAACACCAACAGAGGAGUUGAUCAGUCCCAGUCUUCUGCAACCAGUAGAUAGAGCUGGCAUGGAUCACUACAUUCAGCGCAUGAAACAAGGCAAACGAGGAUUAUAUGCUCAAACCACUAAGGUAACCAAGACAUCAACUCCAAGAAAAGCAGUUUCUAUUCCAAUCCCUAAAGUAAAUGGAUCAGUAUUUGAGGUGAUAGAAUCACCUGAUCCAGACUCAGAUGAAGAGAGCGAUGAUUACUUCUCAGAAUAAGGCCUGACUUCAAAAGUUCCAGUUUCUUACUGCAAAACUGUAUAAUAGUUGAACAGGGAUGCAAUAUUUGUAGUCACUAGUAGGACAAUUUCUUUAUCUUGUAUUAGACAUUUUCUAGACUCUAUAAAACAUUAGUCCAGUCCCACAGUUCAGAGAUAUUUUUAGGGUUAAUAUAAGAUGAAAUAAAACGCAAAAAAUCUUUCAUU